AAUGUUUAUAACAUAAUCCCGACAUCAGCGCCUUAUCAGCCGGUAGAGAUAUGAGGUCCUCUUGUCACUAAAGCUGCAUGCCGCACAAAUUCUUUUUGCUGGAAUCCAGCGAGCGGGCAAGCGAAGUAAUCAAAUCGAAUCCUGCGCACGGAGAAAAAUAGUCAAUGGGAAGAGCUUUCGUCUACGUGAUUCUAGGCGGUGGAGUAGCUGCCGGGUACGCAGCGCUCGAAUUCUCACGGCGAGGCAUCGCUCCUGGCGAACUCUGCAUCAUCUCUGAAGAAGCGACUGCUCCUUAUGAAAGGCCUGCAUUGAGUAAAGGAUUUUUGCUGCCAGAAGCUCCUGCACGCCUUCCAGCAUUUCAUACCUGUGUUGGUUCUAAUGAUCAGAGACUAACUCCAAAAUGGUAUACGGAACAGGGCAUUGAACUUAUUCUAGGAACACAGGUGAAGUCUGCCGAUGUGAAUCGCAAGACAUUAACUACAGCUACUGGGGAAACAAUAAGCUACAAGACUCUUAUAAUUGCAACAGGAGCUAGGGCUUUGAAGCUUGAAGAAUUUGGAGUGAGGGGAUCAGAUGCUGAAAAUGUUUGUUAUUUACGUAAUUUAGCUGAUGCAACUAGGCUUGUGAACACAAUGCAAACAUGCAACGAAGAAAAUGCUGUUGUCAUUGGUGGGGGCUACAUAGGGAUGGAGUGUGCGGCUGCUUUGGUCACAAACAGAAUAAAAGUAACUAUGGUCUUCCCCGAGGCACAUUGUAUGGCACGUCUGUUCACCCCGAAAAUUGCUGAUUUUUAUGAGGCCUACUAUGAGUCAAAAGGAGUGAAUUUCAUAAAGGGAACUGUACUGUCAUCAUUUGAAAAUUAUUCGGAUGGAAAGGUAACAGCAGUAGUCCUCAGAGAUGGAACGCGAGUGCCUACAAACAUGGUUGUUGUGGGCAUUGGAAUCCGUCCAAAUACAGGCCUGUUUGAGGGUCAGCUGGUUAUUGAGAAAGGUGGAAUCAAAGUUAAUGGUAGAAUGCAGAGUAGUAACAGUUCCGUCUAUGCUGUUGGUGAUGUAGCUACCUUUCCUGUCAAGUUAUUUGGCAAUGAAUGUCGUCGGCUCGAACAUGUGGAUUCUGCUCGUAAGUCUGCAAGGCAUGCUGUUUCAGCUAUUUUGUCACCUGACAAAACAAGCGACUUUGAUUACCUGCCUUUCUUCUAUUCUAGAGUCUUCACACUUUCUUGGCAGUUCUAUGGAGAUAAUACUGGAGAAGUAAUUCAUUAUGGAGAUUUCCUUGCAGGAAGAUUUGGUGCAUAUUGGGUCAAUAAGGGCAGGAUUGUAGGUGCCUUCCUUGAGGGAGGGAACAGAGAGGAGUAUGAGGCAAUUGCAAAUGCUGUUAAACUCAAGAUGGUAGCCCAAGACAAAGGAGAGGUAGAAAAGUUGGGAGUUGAAUUUGUAUCAAAUGUCGGUCGACAUCAAGAGCGAAACAAUGGGCUUGUUCUUCAUAAGCCACUAUAUGAAUGGCAAGCUACUGCGGGUGUCGCCGUUGCUUUAUCUGUCGCCGCUUUUGCUUACUGGUAUGGGAGGCGCCGCCAAAGAUGGUAAUACCAGUAAAAAAAUUUUACCCUGUAUUAUUAUAUUUAUUCUUGCAUGCUACUUCUAACCAUUUGCAAGAGCAAAGGCUAUGGUACUGAAGUUAAUUGCAAGCAUAGAGCAAGUGCACAGGGAAUUACUGAUCCCAUUUGUCCACUGUAAAUGGCUCAUACGAGUACACAUAUCUACAUAUGUAUGGUGAUAUAUGGUUUAAAAAGCGUAGUAUUAGUAUGCAUUACAUAUGUUGAUGAUCCUAGAAAUAAUGCUCAUUGCCUUUGUUA